UCUUUCAUUUCUUACAUCAAUUUACAUUUUAGAGAAUCAAAAACACAAAACCAAAAAAAAAAAAAAUGGAUAGCAGCUCCAUAGAUGAGAGCACUAGUGAUUCAGCUUCAGCUACACCCUCUCUGUCACCGGCGAUGAUAUUGACUUCACCGGUAGAAACAAAACUACCGGAGAAGCUAUGCCGAGUCGGAAGUGGAUCAAGCGUUAUCCUAGACUCAGAAAUCGGAAUCGAAACCGAGUCACGAAAGCUCCCUUCUUCUCAAUACAAAGGCGUCGUCCCUCAGCCCAACGGUCGCUGGGGAGCUCAGAUUUACGAGAAACACCAGCGUGUUUGGCUCGGAACCUUCAACGAAGAAGAAGAAGCCGCUAGAGCUUACGAUAUCGCCGCCCAAAGGUUCCGUGGCCGUGAUGCUGUCACCAACUUCAAGCCCUUAUCUGAUACCGAAGAAGACACCAUAGAAUCAGUCUUCUUGAAUUCGCAUUCUAAGACGGAGAUUGUCGAUAUGCUCCGUAAACACACCUACAACGACGAGCUCAUACAGAGUAGACGUAAUUACGGCGGCAACUCCGAUAAUGUUGUAGGCAAUAACAGAAGCAACAAAGAAGGAUUAAUAUCGGCUUAUACCAAUUUGUCGAAAUCCCGGGAGCAGCUCUUCGAUAAGGCAGUCACACCGAGCGAUGUCGGGAAGCUGAACCGGUUGGUGAUACCGAAGCAACACGCAGAGAAACAUUUCCCUUUACAAGUAGAGAACACUUCAAAAGGUGUUCUAUUAAACUUUGAAGAUAACGGAGGGAAGGUGUGGAGGUUUAGGUAUUCGUAUUGGAAUAGCAGUCAAAGCUAUGUAUUAACAAAAGGGUGGAGUAGGUUUGUGAAGGAGAAGAAGUUGAAGGCCGGUGAUAUUGUUAGUUUCCAGAGAUCCACCGGACCUGAGAAGCAGCUUUACAUCGAUUGGAAGGCAAGGAUGACUGGGUAUGUUGUUGGGUCAUUGCAAAUGGUCCAUCCGGUCCAUCCGGUUCAGGUUGUUAGGCUUUUUGGGGUCAAUCUCUUCAAUAUACCUACGGUCAGCAGCGUUGUCGGUAGCGUUGUCGGUAGCGGUAGCAGUUGGAGUGGUAAGAGGAUGAGAGAGUUGGACUUCUCAUCAUCCUUGGACUUGGAUUGCUGCAAGAAGCAACAUGUUGUGGGAGCUUUAUAGCAUUUUCUUUAUUUUUGUUUCUUUUGAUUUUAAAUGUUCGAGGGA